AUGGCUGCUCGAGCACCGGCAGGAGGCCGCCCGGGUGCCAGAUUCGCCCAGUUUAAGCUGGUGCUGCUUGGAGAGUCUGCCGUUGGAAAGAGUUCGCUGGUUCUACGAUUCGUCAAAGAUCAAUUCGAUGACUACCGGGAAUCCACGAUCGGCGCGGCGUUUCUAACCCAGACCAUUUCGCUGGAUGAGAGCACAACCGUCAAGUUCGAGAUCUGGGAUACCGCCGGACAGGAACGAUACAAGUCUCUUGCCCCCAUGUACUAUCGAAAUGCCAACUGCGCCGUCGUUGUCUAUGAUAUCACCCAAGCUGCAUCGCUCGACAAGGCCAAGUCGUGGGUGAAGGAACUACAACGCCAAGCGAACGAGAAUAUCGUCAUUGCUCUCGCCGGUAACAAGCUUGACCUGGUAACCGACAGCCCCGACAAGCGGGCCAUCGCCACCGCCGAUGCCGAAGCCUACGCCCGCGAAGCCGGCCUGCUCUUCUUCGAAACUUCGGCCAAGACCUCGACGAAUGUGAAAGAACUCUUCUCCGCCAUCGCCAAGAAGCUUCCUCUUGACCAGGCCGGCCCGCGGAACCUCCGGACAGCCCCUCGUCCAGGCGUCGAUCUGCGACCCGAGGCGUCAGGCACCCAAGGAGCCGGCUCCUGCAACUGCUGA